AUGCAAGCUGCCACUUCCGACCUUCACGAAGUUCGCAUCUACGGGCUUAGCAAGAGCAUUACCACUGAGGCACUUGGCGAGUUCCUCGGCAAGGGUGUGCGCGUCACAGGUAUCCUCCUCCACCCUCAGACCAAGGGCACGUUCCAGUGGGCCCAGGUCUGGGUUGCCUCAGAGGCCGAGAUCAUAAGCAUCCUCGACCUGCGCGACGCUCUAGCCGUCAACGGGAUCACCAUUUCGCGAGUGGGCACUGGGCCCAUGACUAGCCCUACGCCGCCCUCCAACUCGUGGGACAUCGUCUCGCAACUGUCGCGUCCGCGUGUGGCACCGCCCGGCUUUGGCCUUGCCCCGAUCCACUCGCCGCUCUUCAGCCGAUGCGACAACGUGAAUAACCAGCCCCGCAACCUCUAUGUGCUCAACCUUCCUCUGGAUCUCACGCAGGUUGAAUUCAAGGCGCUAUUCACUGCGUUCGGCAUGGUCGAGCACUCGAUCCUUCUCUCCCAGCUCGAUGGAAUUGGUCGCCGCCGUGGCUUUGUCCUCAUGUCUACUCACCACGAGGCAAUGGAGGCCAUGCACCAGAUGAACGGCAAGUGGAUCGAGUAA